AUGGAAAAGGAUGAAAAUGUAAUGCUAACUUCAGGAAUUCCCACGGAAUUUCCAAACAACUCUUCUCCACAACCUGUGAGAUUGGAUUCUCACAGAAUAGAACUUGAAAAGGAUGUAACUUGUAAAGUAGACGAAUUGUCAGCAAAUUUAGAAUUCAAUUCAUUUGAGAAUUCAUUAGAUUUGCCGUCGUUUAGUGGAACGGGUAAGUCCAUUAAUCAUAUUAAUAUGGCUGAAGACGAAACUUCUGAUAUAUUUAUAAAGGAUGAAUUUAACGCUGAUGAAGUUGAUUUUCCCGGAAAAUGUGUUUGUAACGUGUGCGGUAUGAUAUUUGACGAUGUAAAUGAUUUAGCCCGUCACAAACUAAUCCACGUUCCUAACGAGACGAAGCUCGAAAACGUAGAAUAUAAUUCGUUCGAAGAUUCAUCGGAUUCACAGUCGGUUGAUGGAGCAGGUCAAUCUAUUGAGCAAAUGACUGAAAACAAAACUACCGAUAUCUUCAUAAAGGACGAAUUGAGCGCUUAUGCAGCUAAUUUUCUCGAAAAAUAUAUCUGUAGCGUGUGUGAUUGGAUAUUUGACAAUGAAAGCGAUUUAGAUCGUCACAAUUUAAUCCACGGUCAUUACGGAAAAAAACGUAAAAAGGAUUCAACCUGUAACUUGGAUAAAUUGCUUGCGGAAGUAGAAUUCGAUGGGUUUGAAGUUUUAUUCGAUAUGCCGUCGGUUAGUAGAACGGAAAAUUCCAUUCAGAAAAUAACUGAAGAUAUCUUCAUAAACGAUGAGUUUAACGCUGCCGAUGUUAAUUUUCCCGAAACAUAUGUUUGUAACGUGUGCGAUAUGAAAUUUAGCAAUGUAAGUGAUUUAGACCAUCACAAUUUGAUCCACGAUCCUUACGGACUAAAGUAUGAAAAUAAUGUAACUUGGAAAGUAGACAAGUUGCCACUGAGAAUGAAAUAUGAUACAUCAGAUUUGCUAUCGUUUAGUGGAGCCGGUCAGUCCAUUCAGAAAAUUACUGAAGUUAUUAACGCCACUGAAGAUGAUUUUUCCGGAAAAUAUAUUAUGUGUAAAGCUUGCAAUGCAAUACUCGAUAAUGCAAGUGAUUUAUACCGUCACGAUUUAAUCCACGAUCCGGAUAGGCAAACUUGGAAAUUGGAAGAAUUGCAUACGAAAGUGAAAUUUGACGAUUCAUCAGAUUUGCCAUCGUUUAGUAGAGCGGGUCAGUCCAUUCAGACAAUUAAUGCGAAUAAAGACCCAACUACUACCAAUACCUUAAAAAAUGAAGAAUUUAAAGCGGAUGAAGUUAAUUUUCCUGAAAAAUAUGUCUGCAACGUGUGCAAUGUAAUAUUUGACAAAUCAAGUGAUUUAGACCCUCAUAGUUUAAUCCAUGAUCAUUACGAAAAAAAAAGUGAAAAGAAUGUAGCCUGUAACUUGGAUAAAUUGCUUGGGAAAGUAGAAUUUGAUGAUUCAUCAGAUUUGCCAUCAUUUAGUGGAGCGGGUCAGUCAAUUCAGACAAUUAAUGUGAGUGAUGACGACAGUUCGGAAAUCUCUAUAAAUGAGGAAGCUAGUUGUCCCAAAAAAUAUAUCUGUAACGUGUGCAAUAUGAUAUUUGAUAUCCCAAGUGAUUUAGCCCGUCACAAAUUAAUUCACGAUAUUGACUACAUAUAUUUGUGUGCAACUUGCAACCGAAAAUUUGCAGAUGGAACAAGCCUAAGAAAUCACCAAAAAAACUAUUGUAAGAAUGGCAGCUCCAUCUCUAAUUUUUGCGGUAGCAACUUUACCGUCUGGAAAUGUAAAAGUUGUUAUAGAGUGUUUGCUUCUAAACACAUCGCAAAUCAUCACUUGAAAUUGUGCGUGAAUGUAGAAAUAACAAAUGAAGAUCCUUUGGCUGUCAAAACAAACAUCGAGAAGAUACUAACAAAUCUGGUCAUACAAUGCGAAUUCUGCAAUAGAUCGUACGUUGAUACAAAAUCAUUGAUGAUGCACCAAACAAAACACACAACGAUCAAAAAUUACGAAUGUAUCGAGUGUUUUCUAAUUUUUGAUUGUUAUUCCGAUGCUACUAAACAUUGGAUGGAAAAAUGUACAGAGCAUGUGAACUCUUUCCUUGUACCUAAAGUAAUAUACUGCGAACAUUGCGAUAGAGUAUUCGGUUCACACCAACUUCUCUAUGAGCAUAAAAGGAAAACUAAGCACUAUACUUCCAAGCUCUUCGAACCGGAGAUCGAUAUUGAUCAAAUAAUGAUGAGAGACGAUUUUAUAAUUGAAAGUGCAGUCCUAAACUCAAUAAAACUAUUGGAUGAAGCAUUAAGUAGAAUUGACUACGGAGAAGCUGGUGAGGUCAAAGAACAUUUUGAUGAACGCAACGCUGAAAACUGUAGAUAUCAAUGUGAGAACUGCGUUGAAAUGUUUUCACAUGCUAACGGACUUGAUGAACACAGAAGGAAAGGUCAUUCUUCGAAUUUGAAUCCUGUUGCAAAUGAUGAGCGAAAACAAUGA